UGUGAAAUACUGAUGGCAUACCAUGUUGUAGUGCUUGAAAGGCAGAUGUUAAUAAUCCUUCUUCAUUACAGAUGAGUGAUGUUGAGGCUGGUGGGGCGACUGUUUUCCCUGAUUUUGGUGCCGCUAUUUGGCCUAGAAAGGGAACGGCGGUGUUCUGGUACAACCUCUUUAAGAGCGGAGAAGGAGACUACAGAACGAGACAUGCAGCCUGUCCUGUUCUAGUAGGCAGUAAAUGGGUUUCAAAUAAAUGGAUCCAUGAGAGAGGUCAGGAGUUCAGACGCCCGUGUGGCCUGACUGAAGUGGACUGAUCUUGAGCUCGGUUCUAGCCGCAGUGCCUCGACUCUCUCACAGCCACAAUCAAACACCCCAGACGCCUCGAGAACGUACAUGAGUUCCAGUCAGGAAUAACUGCUGUGAGACACGGGCAGGCUGGGGUUGGUGAGCCGUUCUGUGUGUGGGGGAUUUCCCUGUUAAUUGGAGUGUUGCCAUUUACCCUUUGGCAGAUUAAACUGGAGUAUCAUGUCGUAUCAGAAAUGUCAUUGUGUUCAUAUAAUGCAUAAAUUAUUGUCCUGUUCUUCAGUGUUUGUUUUAUAUUCUUAUAUUGUUUGCAAUAAAAAUGUCUAAAUAUGAA